UUCUUCUCCGCCUCCCGUCGAAAUUCCUCGUAUAUCGACAGGUCGUCCACGGUUAAUUUUAUUGCUGUGGGUUUUCUCCGGAGCAUGGCCGCUAAUGUUUCUUCCGCUGGUGGCGGCGGAGGGGAGGAAACGCUGACGCAAACGCAGAAAGAGAUACUUGUUGAGUUGAGGAAAAGUUUGGGGACGUUGAGGGUUAUGGUUCACCUGGUGGUGGUGGUUUGGUGGAAGCGCAGAAGGAGGUUGCAAGGGAGGUUAGAAGGGUUAUUGGUUCGGCGGUUUGGGAGCGCGGUGGUGUUGAGGGGGAGAGCUGAAGCGCAGACCAAGGCGCGGCAGUGGAAGGACUGCAAUAUGGUAGCGAUGGGGAUAAGUAAGGGCAGUGGUGGUAACGUCGAAUCUGUGGCACUGUACACUAUUGUAGCAUGAACGUGGGGAAUUAGAGUAUUCAUUUACCCAGCCCCACGAAGCUCUACAGGGUUGCAGUAGAUACAGUCCCCUUCCCUUUUUUUUUUAUUUUUAACAGAUUGAAUUA